AUGCAAAUAAAGAGCUUCGUUCUAGCCGACUACGCAGUCUUUGCUGCCAUGUUGUCCCUUUCUAUGGCCAUCGGACUCUUCCAUGCCCUGAAGACGAGGCCAGGGGGAGCCACUGCUGAUGACUUCUUCACUGGGGGUCGGAGCAUGUCGGCAGUGCCUGUUGGGAUGUCGCUCUGUGCCAGUUUUAUGUCAGCAGUCCAGGUUAUAGGUGUUCCCGCUGAGGCUUCUCGCUAUGGCUUUAAAUUCCUCUACAUGUGCCUCGGACAAAGCAUCAACUCCCUGCUGACAGCUUACCUCUUCCUGCCAGUUUUCUUUCGACUGGGCAUCACCAGCACCAAUCAGUAUCUGAAGAUGAGAUUUGGCAGAGGGAUGCAGCUGUUGGGGAGUGUCCAGUUUCUGGUGGCAACGCUGCUUUACACAGGGAUUGUCAUCUAUGCACCUGCCUUGAUCCUCAACCAAGCUACUGGACUCAAUAUGUGGGUGUCUCUGUUUUCUACUGGGACCAUUUGCACCCUGUACACCACACUGGGUGGCAUCAAAGCUGUGAUCUGGACUGAUGUGUUCCAGAUUGUUGUCAUGUUGUCCGGCUUUGUGGCCAUUUUCAUCCGCGGCACAGUUCUGGUUGGUGGUCCUGCAGUUGUGCUGGAGAUUGCCAAAAAUGGAUCACGCAUUAAUUUUAAUGAUUUUGGUAUUGACCCGCGGCAGCGCUAUACCUUCUGGAGCCUUUCUGUCGGAGGUGCAUUGGUUUGGCUGUCCAUGUACGGGGUAAACCAAGCUCAAGUCCAGCGCUACAUCUCCUGCAGAACAGAAAGAGACGCCAAGUGGGCGCUGUUUGUGAACCAAGUGGGUCUGUGUGUCAUUGUGAGCAGUGCAGCAACCUGCGGCAUCGUCAUGUUUGCUUAUUACAUCAACUGUGAUCCACUGAAGUCUGGGAGGAUUUCUGCCCCCGAUCUGUAUAUGCCGUACUUUGUGUUGGAAAUAUUCCGAGAUCACCCUGGAUUUUCAGGUCUUUUCCUUGCCUGUGCAUACAGCGGGACUCUGAGCACAGCCUCCACAAGUAUCAAUGCAAUGGCUGCAGUAACAAUGGAGGAUCUGCUGCAACCUCAUCUGCUCCACAUGACCCAGAAGAAAUUGAUACUUGUUUCCAAAGGACUGUCUUUCCUGUACGGUGUUGGUUGUAUCACCAUGGCUGCUCUCUCCUCCUUCCUGGACUGGGGAGUUCUUCAGGGGUCGUUCACUGUCAUGGGUGUGGUCAGCGGUCCAUUACUGGGCGUAUUCAUUUUGGGGAUGUUUGUUCCAGCAACAAACAGGCUGGGGGUGUUCUCAGGAAUCUUAGUGGGCUUCUGUGUCUCUCUGUGGCUGGCUGUUGGUUCAACUCUUUACCCACCCAGUGAGGCUACUAUGGGUGUCCUGCCCAGCUACGCAGGCGAGUGUAGACCCAGCAACGUCACCCUGAACAGCAAUACAUGUUACAGCAAUACAACUAUUGUAAUGAACCCUUUCUUUUCUAAAACUAGGGGCCUGCUUCACUUGUACUCCAUAUCCUACCUCUACUUUGGUGCCAUGGCGACUAGUUCAGUCGUGCUAGUUGGGCUGAUAGUGAGCUAUGCGACAGGACCAACAAAGAGGCAUCAUAUUAAAGAGGGUUUGUUAUGGUGGGAUCUAAACAAAAAGCAAGUAGAAGUCCCAUCAGAGUGCAGAGUACUCAAGGUGACAGAUAAACCACAGCUUGUGCCUUUGAGAGACCUGCAUAAAGAAGACACAAAUUAA